CAACUUGCCCCUCCCAACUUCCACCCGUCAGCCUUCUCACUUGGCAGUCCGCAGAUGGUGACCCAGAUCUCGGAGCAACGCGUCAUCAGUGUCUCGACAAAUGUCUACGGUUGCCCUGUGACCUCUGCACGCAUUGUCCAGCAGAGGCAGGACUUUGUGUUCCCAGCACAGCAACAUGACUCCUUCUAUCCCCCGCCCCUGAUGAUGCCGCGAGGGUUCUCGCGUUUCCCUAGUCAUGCCUGGCACCCCUCGCCGUAUCAACGCUUCUUCCAGAGCAAUUUCUAA